UGACUAGCUGCUGGUAUUCGUCCGCCCGCGGAGCCGCGUCCUCAUCCCGCCCCGUCCCCCCGCGUCCACCGCCCGGCCGGCCCCGCUCCGUCUCCCCGCCGCUUCCACCGUCCGCUCGCUCGGCUUCCCCAGCCGGGGCAUGCCCCGCCAUGUUUGACCUGAACGACGGCUGGAACCUGUCCUUCGCCGGCUGCGGGUUCCUGGGGAUUUACCACAUCGGCGUGGCCAGCUGCCUGCUGGAGAAGGCGCCGUACCUCAUCAAGGGGGCCACCCGGCUGUACGGGGCCUCGGCCGGGGCGCUGACCGCCACCGUGCUGGCCAGCCAGGCGUCCAUAGCCAAAUGCUGCGAGGACGUGAUCGAGGUGGCGAAGGAGGCCCGGAAGAGGAACCUGGGCCCCCUGCACCCCACCUUCAACCUGGUGAAGGUGCUGCGCUCCGGCCUGAGCCGCGACCUGCCGGCCGACGCUCACGUGCGCGCCGCCGGCCGGCUCAGCGUGUCGCUGACCCGCGUGGCGGACGGGGAGAACGUGCUGGUGUCCGACUUCAGCUCCAGGGAGGAGCUCAUCCAGGCGCUGAUCUGCAGCUGCUUCAUCCCCAUCUACUGCGGCCUGAUCCCCCCCUCCUUCAGGGGAGUGCGCUACGUGGACGGAGGCAUCAGCGACAACCUGCCGCAGUCGGAGCUGAAGAACACCAUCACCAUCUCCCCCUUCUCCGGAGAGUGCGACAUCUGCCCCCGGGAUAACUCCACCAGCUUCCACGAGCUGCGCUUCACCAACACCAGCAUCCAGAUGAACCUGGGGAACAUGUACCGGCUCAGCAAGGCCCUGUUCCCCCCAGAGCCCAAGGUCCUGGCUGAGAUGUGUCAGAGCGGCUACAAAGACGCCCUCCGCUUCCUGGAAGACAACAAGCUGCUGAUGCUGGAGCGUCCCUCGGCCGGCCUCGCCCUGCCGGACGCCCCCGACACCUGCUGCUGUAAGACCACCGAGUCCACCCGGGAGUGGGUCCUGCGGAGGCUCCGCCUCCUGCACAAGCAGCACUGGUGGAUGGACGAGCAGCUCGAUCUGCCCACGCACAUCAAGAAAGUGUUCUGCCAGGCCUGCCAGGACAAGUCGGGUCUGUACGCCAAAGUGUCGGGCACGCUGCCCAUGAGGCUGGCCUCCUACAUGCUGAUGCCGGCCACGCUGCCGGUGCAGUCGGCCUACUCGGUGGCUCAGAGGUUCGUGGAGUGGCUCCCCGAGGUGCCCGACGACGUGCGCUGGCUGUUCGGCGUGGCGGGAGACGUUUACCGACAGGCCUGGAGAGGAGACGCCGGACGCUCACAGAGCGAGCCGCGGCUGAGGAAGUGUCUGAGCGAGCCGCCGCUGCAUCCGUCCAGCGACCCCCCCGUACUGCCAGACCUGGCCCCCGCCCUGUCCUCCCUCGAUCUCCACGGCAACUACUGGGAGAUCCCCGCCUCCGGCCCGUCCUCGGCCCACCAGCCCCCGUUCGCCUUCCCCUCCUCCCCCCAGCAGGUCUGCUUCUUCGUGGGCUCGCAGGACCAAGAUCAGGGCCACAACCCGCUCUGAGUCCACCUGGGACCCCCGACACCCCCCACCGAGACUGUUUCACACUCCGAGCAGCACUGAGGACUCAUGGACCAGAGCUGGAGGGUCUCUCUGGACGUGGAGGGUCUCUCUGGACGUGGAGGGUCUCUCUGGACCUGGAGGGUCUCUCUGGACCUGGAGGGUCCCGGAUCGGUUUUAAAGCACAACCUCAGCUACCUGUUUUUGAAGUUCCAGCGCACCAACGUGCGCCACGUCCCUCACAAAGACUUUUACUGUUUUUAAUGAACAUUUUAACCUUCUGUGUCUUACAGAGUGAGUGAGUGAGUGAGUGUGUGUGUGUGUGUGUGUGAGUGUGAGUGUGUGUGCGUGUGUGUGUGUGUGUGUGUGUGAGUGUGUGUGUGUGAGCGUGCCUGAUGAUCAAACUGUUUUAGUUCAGGUUUAGUUUAGAUCAGUUUUAUUCCUCAGUGUGAUUAAAUAUUGAGUGAAGUGAGACUGAAUGGCUGAAAUAUGCAGUCAGAGCUGCCAGACUGGCAGAAACGGUGACCCGGCUGAAGUAAUCAGUCGGGCCGACCGGGUUGUAGGGGUCGCAGACCGCUACGUUAGCCCAGUUAGCUAGCAUGACUUCCAGACCAGCUGGAAAACUGGAUGAAACCGGUUCAGGGCGGGUUGAACCAGACCCAGGUUUACCUCUGAGAGGAGACACUGAUGUUUUUCCUGACCGGUCGCUCACGCUCACCACCUGUGGCCUUAGAAACAGCGCUAAUGCUAAUGCUAAUGCUAAACCGUACACAGCUGGCACGGAGCCUGGCUGUGGUUGACUGUGGGAAGCUACACACCAGGGACGCACUGAGUCCUGAUGCUGUUUGCAGCAGCUCCAAGACCAAAGUCAGACUUCUGAUGCAAGUUAAAUGGAAAACAUUUAUCUUCUGGGGACAUUUCAGAAAAAAGAAACUGUAAAACAUUUUGACAAUAACGAAGUCAUGAAAUGCUUUGUAAUUGACUGUUUCUGGUCGCAGGAAUAAAGAAAAAGUGCACUUUGCAGAACGAAUGCAUUUGACUGUUUAUUUGCACAAAAGA